CCGUUGAGCUUUUAGGGUUCUUCGUUUAGGGUUUAUAGUCAGUCGAUGGAAUGAGCGACGAUGAAGAGGAGGAUGAUCCAAAUCCGUGACCUGCAUUGUUUCACCGUCGAUGUGUGCGCCGAGGACGCCGCAGUGGUGGAGCGAGUCAAGGAUCGAGUGCGCGAGCGCGGGCGGCAAUGGUGGGAGCUGGAAGCGAGCAAGGGCGCCGCCUGGUAUCUCCAUUGCCAGGCGCAGCAAUCCCUUUCUUUCAUCGCGGCAUUCAAUGCCAUACAGCUGAGAAUGCUCAUCAGGAAAGGGAUCCCCCCGCAGCUCCGCCCCAGGAUUUGGCUCUUCCUCUCCGGCGCCGCCAAGAAGAGAUCCACUGUUCCACACAGCUAUUACAAGGAUCUCGUCGAUGCUGUUCGCGACAAAACGACUGCUGCCACUCGCCAGAUCGAUCACGACUUGGAUAGAACGUUUCCAACGCACCCAUGGCUCAGCUCUCCGGCUGGCCAGCAGACGCUCCGGCGAGUGUUGGUGGCUUACUCCUUUCGUGAUUCGCGAGUUGGAUACUGUCAGGGAAUGAAUUUUGUGGCAGGAUUACUGCUCGUGGUCAUGAAAACCGAAGAGGACGCGUUCUGGAUGCUGGCUGUGCUGCUGGAGAACGUCUUGCUUUCGGACACUUACUCGGACAAUCUGUAUGGAUGCCACAUCGAGCAGCGAGUAUUCAAAGAGCUCUUGAGAAAGAAAUGCACGAGGCUGGCGCUUCAUUUUGAGGCGAUGGAUUUUGAUGUGUCGCUGCUAACAACCGAAUGGUUUCUGUGCCUUUUUGCGAAAACACUACCAUCGGAGACAACAAUGAGAAUUUGGGACGUUCUCUUCAAUGAGGGAGCAAAAGUGCUAUUCAGAUUUGCUUUGGGCAUCUUAAAGAUGAAGGAGGAAGAACUUCUGCCCAUGAAACAUGCGGAUGAAUUGGUCAAGGUUGUGCAAGACUUUGCAAGACGGACGUUUGAUCCGGAUGUGCUGUUUAAGGUUGCUUUUGACAAGGUGGGAUCUAUGACAAUGCAAACCAUUGACAAGCAUCGAAGGAAACAACAGCCGGCUGUGAUGGCAGAGCUCGCAGGAAGAUCCCAGCGAAUUAUGAGUUCCUCUUGGAAGUGAGUCGCUGUGUGUUUACCAAGGCGAGAGCUGGCAUUCCUUUGGGGGGACUGGAUAGCGUUUGGCAUCAGUGCAGUAGUCGUAGAUGAGAAAGUUCUUC